AUGGAAUUUGCCCCAGAACCAUUUUUGCCAAAUCCUAAAGACUUUUUUGCACCAGAAAUCGAGCACAACAUUGCAAAGACUAACAAGACAAAAGUUUGUUCUGGAUAUGAUUACGCAGGACAGCACAGAACAAUUAACGGAGAAGUUGCUUGUCAAAACCAAGAAAAAGACAGGAUAAAAGGAAGGCUUACUGGUUUUGAUACUAAAAACAAUAUAGCAUGGCAUGAAAUCACUUCAAGAUUCGGAGAAAAUGUUAAACAACAAGAAUUACUCAGUAUAGCCAACGUUCUCUCGCUAAAUGCUAACAUAAAGCUUGACCGAGAUGCUAAGCGUAGGAAAUCUGUUCUCAUUAAAUGGUUUAAUGAAAAUUGGACAGUAUUAGCUCCAUUCUUGCAGUUUGUCGUACUAGAUGAAGCUUUCGAUCAUUGA